CAACUACAGUAGGUGCUAUUGUGCCAUUCACCAUGUCAAUAAAGUCAACUCCUUCUCAAAAGUCGGUGGUUGCUCCAAUGGAGAUCCAGAAGAUACCUAGUUUUGAUGCAUCAACAUGCCCUAUUCUUAACGUGGUAGUCUAUCCUGACAAAGCUGAGAUUACAAGGAGAAUCAAUGUUGAAGUAACAGAGGGGUUAUCUCAAAUCAAUAUGACCAAUUUGUCAAAGAGCAUCGAGCCAUCUACUUUAAGGGUACUGAUAGGAGGCAACUCAAUACUGAAUGAAGUCAACUUCGUGGCAAAAAGUGCCUUGGACGAAAAUGUUGAAGCUAGCGGGCAACUUGAUGACCUCAAAAUCAAACAAGCUGAACUUUUGAAGGAGUUCAAUGAUCUGGAUGUGAAAGAAAAUACGUUAAAGAAACAGAAAGACGUGCUGGAGGCAUUUGCUAACAGAAUAAUCAACUUCAAAUCAAAUCCUCAGGACGGUUUUGAUGCAGUUAGUAUAUCAUCUUUGGAUAUGGUAUCUAAGUUCCUUCCAAUGUAUGAAGAGCAGUCAGCCAAAAUCAGUGAUAACCUAUCCGAAGUGAAAGAGCUGAGAUUAUCAUUGGAUAAGAAACUAAAAGAGGUCACGAAUGAAAUAAACGCAACAGAUCCAGCUAAGGAUGGAAUCAUAAGCAGAGAGGUACAGAUACUGAUAGAAGCGUACGACACGGAGGAGGUGAAGCUCUUUGUUAGUUAUGUGGUUAACGAUGCAGGCUGGGUCCCCAAAUAUGAUCUCCGAAUUCAUUCAAGAGACAAAAACCUUAAGGUACUCUAUUUUGGACUGGUGUCCCAGAACACCGGAGAAGAUUGGAACGACGCUAAAAUCAGUCUCAGCACUGCUGCUCCUAGCACUGGAGGAUUACCGUCGUUGGGUACGCACGAGUUGCACGGUAGACUGGCUGCAAUGCCCGGAACUCCCAACUCUUUUAAGAGAACCAGACAUCACGGAACCAGCAUCAAGAGGAAGAAAUCUGAGAAGAAUGUACGUAUACCCACAACGGAGAGCACAAUAGAGGAAGACGCUGCUGCUGAGUUAACACCCAAAGUUAACGGAAUCGAACAUGGUAGUGAUGAGAACCUUAUGGUGGAUUUCAAAGACCUGGCUCUGGAGGAGGUUAUCCCAGUUGAGAGCAGGCCGGUAGUUAUCAGCACAACGUACGGAGCUGCUAUGGAGGAAGUCAAUGUUCCCUCAGACAAGACCGGACACAAGGACGAAUUUAAAGAUACUACUCGUUGUAUAUAG